CCACAGUGCCGGCUGCCAGUGGUCUGCACUUGGAGGGUUCUGCCACCAGUCCGAGGAGACAGAGGAGACACUGCCACCACCUGACCAUGGUUGAGGAACUGUCUCUGGAGAGAUGGGACCUGGAGCUGGAGGCCAAUGGCCGUGACCACCACACGGCUGACCUGUGCCGGGGGAGGCUGGUGGUGCGGCGGGGCCAGCCCUUCCGGCUAACGCUGCACUUCGAGAGCAGGAGCUACGAGGCCAGUGUGGACCGCCUCACCUUCACUGUCGCGACUGGCCCAGCCCCCAGCGAGGAGGCCGGGACCAAGGCCCGCUUCCCACUGUCGGACGCCGUGGAGGAGGACGCGUGGAUGGCCUCGGUGGUAGACCAGCAGAACAACACACUCUCGCUGCAGCUCAGCGCCCCGGCUCAUGCCCCCAUCGGCCUGUACCGCCUCAGCCUGGAGACCUCCACUGGCUACCAGGGCUCCAGCUUCAUGCUGGGCCACUUCACCCUGCUCUUCAACACCUGGUGCCCAGCGGAUGCUGUGUACCUGGACUCGGAGGAGGAGCGGCAGGAGUACGUCCUCGCCCAGCAGGGCUUCAUCUACCAGGGCUCGGCCAAGUUCAUCAGGAGUAUACCCUGGAACUUUGGGCAGUUUGAAGACGAGAUCCUGGACAUCUGCCUGAUGCUCCUGGACGCCAACCCCAAGUUCCUGAAGAACGGCGGCCGUGACUGUUCCCGCCGCAGCCGCCCCGUCUAUGUAUGCCGGGUGGUGAGCGCCAUGGUCAACUGCAAUGAUGACCAGGGUGUGUUGCUGGGGCGCUGGGACAGCAACUACGCGGAUGGCAUCAGCCCCAUGUUCUGGAUCGGCAGUGUGGACAUCCUGCGGCGCUGGAAGAACGGCUUACAGAAGGUCAAGUACGGCCAGUGCUGGGUCUUCGCUGCUGUGGCCUGCACAGUGCUGCGGUGCCUGGGCAUCCCCACCCGCGUCGUGACCAACUAUAACUCGGCCCAUGACCAGAACAGCAACCUCCUCAUCGAGUACUUCCGUAACGAGUUUGGGGAGUUCGAGUCCAACAAGAGCGAGAUGAUCUGGAACUUCCACUGCUGGGUGGAGUCAUGGAUGACCAGGCCGGACCUGCAGCCGGGGUACGAGGGGUGGCAGGCCCUCGACCCCACGCCCCAGGAGAAGAGUGAAGGGACAUACUGCUGUGGCCCAGUUCCAGUCCGUGCCAUCAAGGAGGGCGACCUGAACCCCAAGUACGACGCGCCUUUUGUCUUUGCUGAGGUUAAUGCUGACGUGGUGGAAUGGAUCCGGCAGGAGGAUGGGUCCAUGCAUAAGUCCGUCAACCAGUCCCUGGUCGUGGGGCUGAAGAUCAGCACUAAGAGUGUGGGCCGUGACGAGCGGGAGGACAUCACCCACACCUAUAAGUACCCGGAGGGGUCCCCACAGGAGAGGGAAGCCUUCCAGAGGGCCAACCACCUGAACAAGCUGGCUGAUAAAGAGGAGACAGGGGUGGCCAUGCGGAUUCGUGUGGCUCGGAGUAUGAAAAUGGGCAGCGACUUUGACGUCUUUGCCCACAUCACCAACAACACCGACGAGGACCAUGCCUGCCGCCUCCUGCUCUGUGCCCGCACUGUCAGCUACAACGGGAUCCUAGGGCCCAUGUGUGGCAUCAAGGAAGUGCUAGAUCUUACCCUGGAGCCCUCUUCCGAGCAGAGCAUUCCCCUUCCUAUCCUCUACGAGAAGUACUGUGACUACCUGACGGAGUCAAACCUCAUCAAGGUGCGAGGCCUCCUCAUCGAGCCAGCUGCCAACAGCUACCUGCUGGCCGAGAGGGACAUCUAUCUGGAGAAUCCCGAAAUCAAGAUCCGGAUCCUGGGAGAACCCAAGCAGAACCGCAAGCUGGUGGCUGAGGUGUCGCUGCAGAACCCACUGACCGUCCCCCUGGAAGGCUGCAGCUUCACUGUGGAGGGUGCUGGUCUGAUCGAGGGACAGAAGACCGAGGAGCUCCCAGACCCCGUGGAGUCGGGGGAGGAAGUCAAGGUCAGAGUGAACCUGCUGCCUGUCCUCGUGGGCCGCCACAAGCUGGUGGUCAACUUUGAGAGCAAUAAGCUAAAGGCCGUGAAGGGCUACCGGAACGUCAUCAUCGGCCCUCCCUAAGGGGCGCCGUGCCCAUCUCCACGUCAGCAGCUGAGAGCCCCCAGCUGGACCCCCGUCUUUAUCCCAAGCUAGUGAGGAAACCUUGACCCUCCUUGGGCCCCAGACCCAUCUUGUCCCUGCACCUGGUUUCCCACCCCCUUACCUGUGAGCAAUGCUCUGUGCCUCCACAGUGGGAGUCCUGACCUCGGUUGACUGGGCUUGUGAUGGGGGAGAAGGGACCCACACCUCCCCCUCCAGCCCAGAUGCCAUCUGGAAAGCAGCUCAUCACCCACCAUAUUGUUUGAUCUAUUCCAUAGUCCCUUGGAACAAAAAAGACACAGUGUGCCCAUUGGCCGGAUCAAGGAACUCAGCACCCUGAUGUGUCCCGUGCCCCUUCCCCAGACUAUGCCCAGGUCCCGGGGGCCUUGGGGUAGCCAGCGUGGGUGGGGAUGGAUGGGGAGGGGCCCAGGUAUAGGCCAGGCUUGAGCUCCUCCCACAUCCCAGAAGCUCUGGCCCCAGUCCCCACGCUCCUCACUUUUGUGAAGCACCUACUGUGUGCCAGGUCCUCCCGUACUUGCCGGUAGUCCCAGAGCCACCAGCCCGUGUCAUCGCCGCAAGAACUGUGCAGUGUGGGAGCUGCUUUCUCAGUGCGGAGACUGAGUCUCAGAGAAGGGAGGUGGCCCCCUCUGCACAGGUGGGCUUGUGGCUCUUCAAAAGGUCGGGUAAGGUAAAGGCAUGGAAACAGAGCACAGGCCUUCCGACUCCGAGUCCAGCCCUGUUCAUGACACCAGCCUGGCCUGAGAAUGUCAGGGGCCAUCUGGGACCUGAUCAAAAAGGACCCAGCUGCGGCGAGGAAGUGGGAAAGGAUUGGAAGAGGGCAGAGCCCAGGUCUGGCCAGCCACUGCCUCGUCUCUGAGCCUUGGUGUCCUCGCUGGUCAGUGGCGUGGCUGAACCAGCUGGUCUCCAAAGCCCUCUCGGCUCUGCACUCCUGAUGCCCUGCCUGGCCCAGCCUUGUGAACAACAGCAAGUCCUACUGGCUGGCUCCACAGAGCCUCAGGCCACAUGCCCAGGGUAUUUCGAAGCGUGAAACCAUGACCAGGACCACUGUUCUUCCCCCAGCCCUAUCCAGGCCCCACCCCUGUGCCCAGGCACCUUCCAUCAGACCCCAGUUCCAAGGGAAAAGAGCCCCGGAGGCCCCUGUCCUACCCACGAGCCUACACACCGCCAUGCCUAGACUUCACAACAGCCUUAGCUGCCUGUGCUGCUCACCAGCCAACAGGGCCAGCACCUCAGCCAUCCCCUCUUUGCAGGCCCUGGAACACAGCCCAGAGAGCUUAUGAGCUGUCAUCUCUGGCUUACUCGCCUCUCCCCCUGACCAGGCCUCCCUAAGGCUGGACGAGGGAAAGGGGGGGCAUUUUCCAUCUGGAUUGGAGUCAGAGCCUCCAGGGCUCCCAAAAGCCCAGAGAGGGCUUUGGGGAAAGUCACGCUGAUGCACUUAGAACUUGCUGCUUUGUACAGGGAAGAAUCACAAAGUGAGCUGGCAAAUCUGUUCUCUGUAAACAUUGCUGUUUCUGUAUGGUUUUAUAAAUGCUCUUGGGUUCCAGUCAGGCAGUAGAUAGGCUUUUGAGCCACAGGGAGCGAGCACUGAAAUAAAAGUUUAUU